AAGAAUAUUAUUUUUACAAACUCCUUUUUAAAUAUUUCACCAUGGAUGAGGCAUUUGCACACGUCGAGAUCAAAAAUAGGAGACAAGACAAGGAAGGAUUGGUCCCGCCUGAUGGAGGUUGGGGUUAUGUUGUUGCUAUUGGCGUAGGAUUGACAUUUAUGCUGGGUUUUGGUUCAUCCAAUGCUUUUGGAAUCUUGUUCAAUAAUUUCUUCCUAGAACAGGACGGUGCUAGUGGAUUAACCCUUGUUAUAGGAGUGCACAGUGGAGCAUUAUCUAUUACAGGUUUCCUAAGUGGAAUUGCGUUGAAAAAGUAUUCAUUUCGUCAAGUGGGACUUGUUGGCGCUGGACUAUUUGUUCUUGGAGAUAUACUGACUAUUUUCGUGCAGAGAACAUAUCAAUUGGUGUUCACUUUUGGCGUUAUUAGAGGCGCUGGUUUUGGUGUGAUGGUGCCAGUUAGUUUUACAGCUUUCAACUGUUAUUUUACGAAAAAGCGAACAACAAUGAUGAGCGCAAACCAAACCAUGAGUAGUUUGGCAUCUAUCACGUUUCCCAUGUUGGUGACUCUUCUUCUGUCUGAAUACGGAUUCAGGUGGACAUUAGCUAUAAUCAUGGCUAUAGAUCUUCAUCUACUAUUUGCUAUGUUGGUCAUGCAUCCUGUUGAAUGGUAUUUAGUUAAAUCUAUAGAAAAAGACAAGGAAGUAGAAUUAUCAUCAAAAUGCAAUGAGAAUGUAAAAAAAUUAGAAACUGUAAAUAAUGACGAAUCUAUAAUAAAAAUAUCACCCGUUAAAAUUAAAGAUAAUGAUUCUAUAGAUGAAGAAACUAAGGAUCGACAUAAAUCUAUUCAAAAGAGUAUUAUAAAAAUUAUCUAUGAUAACGUGGAGUUAGAUUUAUUAAAAGACCCCAGAUUCGUCAGUACUUUAAUUGGUAUUGGAUUUGCCUUUGUCUCCGAUGUUACGUAUUUGGCAAUGGAACCAAUGCUUCUCUUCUCUUAUGGUUUUACUCAGAUGGAGGUAGCAACUUGCGUAAUGGUUGGAGCUAUAGCAGACUUGCUUGCAAGAUUUCUUCUAGCUUUAUUUACAUAUUUCUACGCAGUUGACAGUCGGAAGCUCUUUUUUGGUGGAACAUGUAUCACAAUAUUUUUGCGUAUCGCUUUAGUGUGUUCCAGUAAUCUUUGGUACGUCUUUAUAGUGACUGCACUGUCAGGACUAGUCAGAUGUGCGGUUCAGGUAUUAUUCCCGCUGGUGCUAAUAGCAGCUGCUCCAGAUAGAUUUCCAGCUGCUUUGGCACUACAUAUAUUAUUUUCUGGUGUAUUAAUGCUUCUAGCUGAUCCAUUAAUAGGUGUGUUGUAUGAGGCUACGGGCAGCUACGUGUACUGCUUUAUAGGAAUGAGUACGUGUUGCUUAGUGUGCGUAGUCCUUUGGACUGUUGAAUACUUCAUUUAUCAUAAAACUACAUGUGAACUUGUUUAACGUUAAUUGAGGUAAAUUACAUCAUUAAUAUUUGUGCCUUUCAAAAUAACUAAACAGUACAAUCUGUGUCAGUUGAGACUGUUACAAGAACAAUGACAUUUGUUAUCAUAGUGCCUAUCUUAUGAAAUAACUAAGUACUAUAUUAGGUAAGUAGGUAAUAAUAAUUCUAUGCAGGAUAAUUAGAUUAAGUGUUCGUCUGAAUAAAUAUUGUUCUAUUUUCAUAUUAUAAUCAUUAAAAUAUGGAAAUUUAAUGUCUACUAUAUUUGAAUUUCAUUUUAAAAUACUAAUGAUA